AUGUUACAGAGCUUGGAGGCUCUCUGGUUCUUCUCCAAUCUCUUCUCCCCCCUCCCUCUCACCUCCUCUCCCACCCCGCAGGAAGAACCGCCGGCGGUGGGAGUGCUUCCGGCGGCGGAGAACCAGACUCCGUCGCCGUUGGCGACGUGGAAGAGCGGGCUGAAGAAGCACCGCUGGGAGGAGGAGGGAGGAGAGGGCUCCAGUGGGCUUACUACGCCGGCGGCGGAGAACCAGACUCUGGCGCCAUUGGCGACGCGGAAGAGCUGGCUGAAGAAGCACCGUAGGGAGGAAGAAAGAGAGGGCUCCGGUGGGAUUACCGUCUCGGGUUACGCCCUCCGCGGGUCGCCGGGCUCCAUUGUCUCCAGCCUCCAUCGGACGGUGAGACUGUACGGGUUGACGGCGGUGACUGGUCAGCCGCCCGUCGGAGAGGACUACGCCGUCCGGGAGCACCUCAAGGUUUGGGCACACGCCGUCGCCUGUGCCGUCAGAUGA